AUGGCCAACUCAAUCCUCAACCCCCCAGGCAGUCUGCCUUCUCCGGAGCGCGUUGAGGAAAUCGCGCGCCGCGUGCUCGAGAUUGACACGCCCGACCAACCCACUCCAGAAUGGUUCAUGCCCAUCCUGACCAAGUUCCUCACGAACAACCCAGGCGAUGACCACUUCAUCAUCGAGCUGCCUGACCCCUCAGCACCCGCCCGUGGUGGAACCGGAUACGGUGCAAUCACAUGCAUGGAAGACGAGUGUUGGACCAAUAUCAACUUGUCGCCUGAUCCGGAACAGCUCGACGGCGGUAAGGCGAACGGCGUGGGAACGUUGUGGGACUAUGCCGACCACUGUCGCGGGGAAGACCAUAUCAAGUGCCGCAAUCAGCGUCUCAAGCGUAUGGGGUUCGUGGCCCCAGACGCUCACAUUAUCCGUGAUCAUCCGCCCAACCAUCCUUCAAUGGGCGCCUCCUCUAGCAACUACCGGGACGCCCUUUUCGUCGACAGUGACAGUGACGACGGCAUAGAGUUCGUCGGCCGCAGCUCCCCUCGCAAGAACGUUGUCCUUGUUGAAGACAGCGAUGACGACCAAAACCCCUCCAUUGGGUCUUCACAGUCGCAGUCGUCGCGACUCAAGUCAUUACAGCCGACAGGCUCCUCUGGUGGCAACUCUCGCCCCUGGAUCCGCGUGUGGUCUAGCAUGAGUCUCAGCGACCGCCGUCACGCCAUCAAUCAAGAGCUUCGUGACCUCGGUAAAUUGCCGGGUAUUAGCUCGUUCGACGCCAACCGCGUUAUUGCUCGCCGCAAGGACGCCCUCCGCUCGAUUGAGGGCUCCGGCUGCCUGAUGCAGUGGACCCCCCCUGACCCACUCAUUUUCCAAGCCUUCCCAAAUCUCUACGUUCACCCUCGGCUUGCCGAAACAUUCGAGUGCCCGAAGCCCGCGGUUUGCGCUCUCAUCAACCCUGCCGCUAGAGUUACCGCUUCGGCUGUUGCUGGACCCUCGACUUCACUCAGGAGCCCAUUUUCUUACGCGAUGGAUGCAAUCUCGCACACGGAAAGAGCAACUGGCGCCUUCUUAGUCGCCGUGAAUGCUGCGUGGCAGCGUCUGGACAUGCAGAGUCGCCGGGCUCAGCUCAUCAACGAGCAGAAUGCGCUCCGACAGGCGAUAUCCCGCUUCGAGGCCAUUCCACAACUCCAGGGCAUCAAGCGCGUUCUUUGUGAUCGCCUCAUGUCGCAUUUGAAGCUGAUCGCGAGCGACAAUCCGACAUGGCUUCCACCCUCGUCCGAGCUGCUCAAACUUGUGCCCGAGCUCCGCCACGUUGUGCACCAGUCUCUCAUGGCGUUCCUGCCUCGCCUCCGCGAUGAGGAUGAUGACGUCGACCCGCACGGCCUGAGUGAGGAGUGGAAUCGCCCCACCGGUCCAGCCCUUACAGACUAUUUCAAGGACGCUCUGCUGGACUUCCAAGACGAUGCCACUGUCGAGGAGGCGAGCAAGACCUUGGGUCUCAGCACAACGUCCGGUCUCCUACCUGGCGCAGACUUCACCCUCAUGCCACACCAGAUCAUGGGUGUGGCCUUCAUGAUGAAGCGCGAGCAGCGCAAAGGCAAGGGCGGACGUGGUGGCCUACUCUGUGACGCAAUGGGCCUGGGAAAGACGAUCCAGACCUUGGCCCUUAUGCUGGCGCGCGACGAGCGGCCUGCAGACUACGAGCGUGCUCCCCAGUUGAUUGUUGCACCCUUAGCUCUUCUCGUACAAUGGAAAGAAGAAAUCGAGACCAAGACCACGAAAGGCUUCCGAGUUUAUAUCCAUCACGGCGCGAACCGCCUCAAGUCGGCGGCGCAGAUCCGCAACAGCUACGACAUAGUGCUCACUACGUACGGCACACUUUGCUCGGAAUCUGGCAUCACCAAGCAGAAGCAGAAGAUGAAGGUUGGGGAAGGUUCUGACGAUGAUUCCGACUACAUUGAGAAGAAGAAGCGUGGGCCUCUCUUCAAGAUCCACUGGUUCCGUGCAAUUUUGGACGAAGCUCAUAACGUACGCAACCGCCGAACAAUCUCGGCGCGUUCCGUUCUUCAGCUCGACGUUCUCCACCCGUGGAUUCUCACGGGCACACCUAUUGUGAACAGCUUGGGCGAUGUCGGGCCAGCUCUUGAGUUCAUCGGGGCCAUGGGCCUGUCGCAGUACCACCAUGAGGUUGUAAAGCGCGAGAAAAAGCAGCCAAAGAACGCCUCGCGCCGCUGCCAGGCCAUCCUCAAGCCGCUCAUGCUCCGCCGCAACAAGGACACAGAGCUCAACGGCAAGAAAAUCCUCGAGCUGCCGGUGAAGACGGUCAAUUUGGCAUGGCAGGAUUUCGAGCUUGACGAGCGCGCAAUCUACGCGGCAAUCGAGCAGCGAGCCAGGAUGCGUGUCUCAAAGUUCCUCAAGGCUGGCACGGUUAUGAAGAACUACCAUGUGGUGCUCGUCUUGCUUACUCGGCUGCGCCAGGCCGCAAACCACCCUUGGCUCCUUCGGCGUACGCCUGGGGACGAGGGCCGUGACGGCGAUCUUCUUGUCGACGACGAAGCGUUCGGUGCCGAUCUUGGACAGUGUCGGAACAACGACGAGGAUGAGUACGGUCGUGCUGUCGCGAUCUUGGGCAAAGCCGCGGUGGAUGCUCUGGCCAAGAAGCUGGAGGAGCGUCACGAGCGACUCAGCAACGAAGACGUCCAAGACGACAAGGAACUUGAGUGUUGUAUUUGCAUGGAGCCACUUGACGGGAGCGAAGUGAUCACGCCGUGCAGUCACCUAUACUGCCGGGUGUGCAUCUCGAACUACUUUAUCCAGCCUAUUCGCGACACGACCGGCCUCACAGACGAGGACGUCGACGCCGGAUGCCGGUCGUGCCCCAUGUGUCGUUCGAGGCUCAAGCCCGGGCAAGUCUUCCGUUGCGCAGCCAUCUUCCGGCCCACCGUGGCCACCCCUGAAGUAGACGACGAUGACGACGACGAUGCCGAUAUCAAGCCUGAUGUGAAGCCGAACAUCGCAGCGGACCGCAAGGGCAAGAAGCGUGCGCGAAGCGCCGCUGAAUCGUUCUUCGGCAGCUUGAACCAGGACCAGGGCGAGCCCGAGGAGGAUGAGAAGCCGGAACGGAAGCGCACGCGCGGCAACCGGAAGGGCAAGAGCCGGGCGACAUCGGUGGAUGCGACAUCGGUGGAUGACGACGAUGACGUUGAGGAAAUCGAAGCGCAAGUCCCUCCUUCUACCAAGCUGCGUCGUACACUCGAACUGGUCCAAGGCUUCCUCGAGGAGGACCCCAAUACCAAGGUGCUCAUCUUCUCGCAGUUUGUGGCGUUUUUGGAUCUGCUGUCCGAUUUCCUCAAGGACAACGGCAUCCCAUCCCUUGGUUACCGAGGCAGCAUGUCGGCGUCAGCUCGCGAUGAAGCUGUUCGCCGUUUCCGCACUGCGCCUGGCAUUGUCGACCCAAUUCCCGUGAUGCUCAUCAGCACCAAGGCAGGUGGUGUGGGCCUCAAUCUCACAAUGGCCCACAAGGUUAUCAUGUGCGACCUUGCUUGGAACCCGGCGACCGAGAACCAGGCUAUCGAUCGCAGCCACCGCAUUGGGCAGAGGAAGCCCGUACAGGUGGAGCGCCUCGUUAUUCGCGACACUGUCGAGGAUCGUCUCCUCGCCAUCCAGGAGCACAAGGGCCUCCUCGCGGAUGGCGCGAUGGGCGAGGGUUCGAUUGGCCGCCUCGGCCGUCUCACGCUGGAUGACAUCCGCAAGCUGUUCGCGAUCAAUGCGCGUGACGAAGAGUGA